AUGGCUUCACCUAGGAAUAUGCUGUUGGCGGCCCUGACCAAAGCACUUGUUUUAUCUGGCCUCUGUGUUGGCUAUCCCAGCCUUCUGAACGGCCUUCAUGAGCGACUGAUCAAUGCCAGGGACAUAGCACCGUCUUAUGAUUACAUUGUCGUCGGUGGGGGGCAGAGCGGUCUUGUGAUUGGAAGUCGAUUGAGCGAGGAUACAAGCAGUACUGUGUUGGUUGUGGAGUAUGGAUAUCUUGACAAUAAUCCCAGCGUCCUUGAACCGUCAAGCGCGGUCCAAUAUCCUUCAGGAGACUUAUACAAUCUCACGUCGAUCGCGAAUCAAGGAGUCUACGCUGCCGCUGUAGUUGGCGGCGGUUCUACCAUCAAUGGGAUGAUGUUCAAUCGCGGAGCUGCAGAAGAUUAUGACAAUUGGGAAGCUCUCAAUAACCCCGGAUGGGGAUGGGACGGAAUUCUUCCAUAUUUCAAGAAGUCCACAACAUUUACGCCUCCUGAUGAAGCAGUGGCCAAAGACUUCAAUAUCACCUGGGACAUUGACGCAGCUUGGGGAACUGAUGGCCCGAUCCAUGCAAGUUACCCCAGCUUUUACUGGCCAGGCGCAAAGAUCCAACUACAGGCCUUCAAAGAUAUCGGCAUUCCAUAUUUGAAUGAAGGUGCUGCUGGCGAAGGUUCCGGUGUAUACUGGAACCCAGAUGCUAUGACCGCAGACAAGCGACAGCGUUCAUAUGCCAGAACUGGCUACUAUGACCCCGCUACUUCAAGAACCAAUUUCAAUCUUUUGACCGGAUACCGAGUAAAUGAAGUUGAAUUCGACUCUAAUCUUCACGCCACUGGUGUGACCUUGCAAGUCAGAGGAGGUGCCAACGGUGAGGGUGUCACCACCGUCAAGGCCAAUAAAGAAAUCAUCCUCUGCGCAGGGUGGCUACACACACCACAGGUUCUGCAACGCAGUGGUGUCGGACCAAAGGCUAUCCUUGACGCGGCUCAAGUUCCGGUACUAGUCGAUUUGCCAGGUGUAGGAGCCAAUUUCCAAGACCAUGCUGUUGCUCAGAUGUCAUACCAAUAUACGACUGAUGUCAACCCUAAUCCUCGAGGUGUGCGUACGAACCAAACUUUCCAGCAAUGGUCCAACGAGCAAUGGCUGGACAGGAAAGGCCCUCGUUCUAUCGGCGUCGGGAACACACUUGCAUGUGUUGGACUUCCCCAUGUCGACCCGACAGGCUACCAAGCGAUUGUAGCUAAAAUCAAAGCUCAAACAGCGGAAUAUCUGCCUGAAAUCUACACAGAUGUGACCAAAAAGGGAUGGCUAGCUCAGCGCGAUAUCCUAGCCAAGAAUUUUGCUGGGAAUAAGAGCGGUGUCAUUGAGAUCCCAUUCUCGGGACAGGGCAACGCCGCAAUGUCCUUGGAGAAGCCCCUAAGCCGUGGAAGCGUUACCUUGCAGCCAGGUGACAAAUAUGCCGAGCCUGCUCUAGACUACCACUUGCUAGCCAAUCCCGCCGAUGUUGAUAUCAUGGUUUCCGUCUUCAAGUUCGCUCGCACAUGGUAUGCGGCACAAACGGAACUUACCCCGCAAGAACAAUCACCAGGCGCCAGCGUCACCACAGAUGAAGCUCUUGCUAAAGCUAUCCAGCAGGGGAUGGGCCCCAGUACUGCUCAUGGUUGCUGCACGGCGGCGAUGAUGCCGAGAGAUAUCGGUGGAGUUGUGGCGUCCGAUCUCACUGUUUAUGGUGUGACGGGAUUGAGUGUUGGUGAUAUUUCUAUGAUGCCGUUGAUUCCUGCUACCCACACAUGUUCAACCGUAUAUGCCCUUGCUGAGAAGGCCGCAGAUUUGAUCAAGGCCAGACAUAAGUGA